GUGGCGGUAAUUUUAUUAAAUUCAUGGGUUCUAUUUUUGAUACCUCCUCAAAUUAAUUUGUGUAACCAACUUCGAAUUACGAAUCCUAAAGAACCUUUUAUCAUGUUACGCUAUAAAAAAGACAAAUUUCCUAUAAAUUAUUUAAUGCAAUGGUCCUCUGAAACUUUGUCGGAUCUAGAAGAAUCAAAUUUUGUUUUGAUUGGAAAACCUUCAGGUGACCAAAUAUCUGAUUUUAUGACAUAUAUGGGUGCGUCUGAAACGAGCAUUCAUGAUCCGCAGAUUUAUCAAAAAAGUUUUAAAAGAACCCCUUCUCCAGAAGUUAUUAAUUAUAUGGAUUUGAGAUAUCGGAUUGGAAUUAAAUUUUAUCUAAUUGAAGAACCUGGACUAAUUCCAAGUGAAAUUUUAGUUUCAG